CUUCGCAAGCCAUGACCGAAUUCGAGAGCAUCCUGCAGGUUGGGUUACGGGAUCAAUAUCUUGUUUUUGUCAUCGAGUCUGGCGAUACAAAUAAUCCAUCUCUAGUUGCUUGUAUUGCGGUUCCGUCUCUAGUUCCAUUCCACACAUUCCGCCGCCUGCAAAAUAUCGCCGUUUUUGCCACGAACUAUACCAUAGCCCGAGUCAAACAUCAGUUCCCCCACCUAUCCGGUCAUAACAUCAACCAUCACUACUAUCUGCCAUGUCGACCAGCCCGGCAGAUGUCAAGCAGGCCGAAUCUUCGUCGGAAGCCAAGCCAGCCAGCCGCGCCCCGCGCAAUCGUCGCCAACUGUCGCGCAAAGCCCCCGUCAAGGAAGUGUCCGAGGAAGAGCAGGACUCUGACGACUUCGACGAAGAUAGUGCCGAGGAGGACUAUGAGCCCCCGCCACCCCAGCGCCGCCGUCGCGGUCGCCAGCAGAAUCAAUCUUUGCAGAGGCAGCGGCAGCAGCAACAGCCCCAACAACAGAUGCUGCAACAACAACAGCAGCAGCAGCAACAAAUGCAGCAACAGCAAGGCGGUGGAGGCGGCGGCAGUGACACGCUGAGAUUGCGAUUGGAUCUUAACCUUGAGGUUGAAGUUACCCUCAAGGCGCGUAUCCACGGUGAUUUGACAUUAGCACUUCUCGAUCAAUCAUAAGAACUCGGAUUUUGUCGAGGUAAGCGCGAUGGUUAGGAGAAGUUCUUGUGACGCUUUUGUUUGUUUUCCUCUGCGCGCUGCAGUGCUGAGGGUUCGGCGCAAGAGGAAGUUGGGCGUUGGUGUCAUCCCCCUUUUGGUUGAAUAGCUUGCGUACAUAUUUGGCUAUCAUACUCCUGUGUAACUACACACACCAUAUAUUUCUAAUAUGAU